CCGAAAAAGGCCAAGGAAACAAGCAUAUUCUCUUGGUCAAACCUUCUUCGUUCUGUACCUAACCCCUCGUCGGCUGAUUCACGCUAAUACUCCUCUCUCUCUCUCUCUCUCUCUCUCUCUCAAACAUAACAUCACAGCAAAUCUCUGUUCUCUUCGCAGUUGUCGAAAAAUCAGACUCUCCGUCAAUCGAUCAUCAUCAGCAAAAAUGCAUGCGAAUCACCUACUUCUCGAAGAGCCGAUCCGUAUGGCUUCCAUCCUCGAGCCUUCAAAAUCCAGUUUCUUCCCUGCAAUGACGAAGAUCGUGGGGACUUUAGGCCCCAGGUCUCGAUCCGUCGAGGUUAUCUCUGGCUGUCUCCAAGCUGGAAUGUCUGUGGCUCGAUUUGACUUUUCGUGGGGGGACCCUGAGUAUCACCAGGAGACUUUGGAAAAUAUGAGGGCCGCUGUGAAGAAAACAACAAAGCUUUGUGCUGUUAUGCUAGAUACAGUGGGUGCCGAGUUGCAGGUUGUCACCAACACUGAGAAAUCUAUUUCACUAGAGGAGGAUGGUAUAGUUGUUCUAACCCCUGAUCAAGGUCAUGAAGCCUCUUCUGCAGUGUUGCCCAUCAACUUUUCUGGACUGUCAAAGGCAGUGAAGAAAGGAGACACAAUCUUUAUCGGUCAAUAUCUCUUUACAGGAAGUGAGACUACUUCAGUUUGGCUGGAGGUAAAUGAAGUGAAAGGAGAAGAUGUGGUUUGUGUGAUAAAGAAUUCUGCAACAUUGGCUGGCUCAUUGUUCACCCUCCAUGUCUCUCAAAUUCAUAUCGAUUUGCCUACCCUCACUGAGAAAGAUAAAGAGGUCAUUAGUACGUGGGGUGUUAAAAACAAGAUUGACUUCCUCUCACUGUCAUAUACUCGUCAUGCAGAAGACGUCCGUGAAGCACGUGACUUCCUAUCUAAGCUUGGUGAUCUCAGCCAGACCCAUAUUUUUGCAAAGAUUGAGAAUGUAGAGGGUUUGACCCACUUUGAUGAAAUCCUACAAGAAGCAGAUGGGAUUAUCCUUUCUCGUGGAAAUCUUGGCAUAGAUCUCCCACCUGAGAAGGUGUUCUUGUUUCAAAAGGCUGCUCUUUACAAGUGUAACAUGGCUGGAAAACCUGCAGUUGUGACUCGUGUUGUAGAUAGUAUGACUGGCAAUCUUAGACCAACUCGUGCAGAAGCAACCGAUGUUGCCAAUGCUGUACUGGAUGGAACGGAUGCGAUUCUUCUUGGUGCUGAGACUUUGCGGGGAUUGUACCCUAUAGAGACAAUUUCUAUUGUUGGUAAAAUUUGUGCCGAGGCAGAGAAGGUUUUCAACCAAGAUCUGUAUUUUAAGAGGACUGUAAAAUAUGUUGGAGAACCAAUGAGCCACUUGGAAUCCAUUGCUUCCUCUGCGGUACGAGCUGCCAUUAAGGUGAAGGCAUCUGUUAUUAUUUGCUUCACCUCAUCUGGAAGGGCUGCAAGAUUAAUUGCGAAGUAUAGGCCCACAAUGCCUGUUAUAUCUGUCGUCAUUCCUCGGCUCAAAACAAAUCAACUAAAGUGGAGCUUUAGUGGUGCAUUUGAGGCGAGGCAGUCCCUAAUAGUCAGAGGUCUAUUCCCCAUGCUUGCUGAUCCUCGACAUCCUGCUGAGUCUACAAAUUCGACGAACGAGUCGGUUCUGAAGGUUGCACUUGAUCAUGGAAAGGCCUCUGGGGUAAUAAAGUCGCAUGACCGAGUAGUUAUUUGCCAGAAGGUUGGGGAUUCAUCCGUCGUUAAGAUUAUUGAGCUUGAGGAUUAGAAUGCUUGGCUUUCUGUCGUUUAGCCAUUCUGUUCGCUAUUUUUGGACAUGGUGGUGAACUUUAUUGCCGUCCCUUGUGAGGUUCAGAAUUGGUGGUUUUGGACACAACUUAAUAUAAUUCCACACAGGAUGAAUGGAACACUGGGCAAUUUCCUGCUUAACAUUGCAGUGAUGGAAAUUAUGCCUGUGACUCUAAUUUUUGUUCAAUUUUCCAAUGCAUUUACACGUUGAAUGGCAUAAUUAAAUUGUUUUGGCCUUUGGGUGUUGCACCCAUGAACAUCCUUCUGGUUUUGCCGAA